UAUGCCCUCUGCAUCUGGGUUCGUACCUGCUUCACACGUAAUUCAAACUUCAUCUGCUCCAACAACUGCGAAGAAACGCAAACAUAGUACUGGUGGUAUGUCUGACAAAGAUGAUGAUCCUCUGGUGGAUAUCACCAGACAACAGUUGAUAUGCAUGCAGAAGCAAAACGUCAUCAGACGUGCACAGCUUCAUUGUGAGGAACGCAGGACCACUGCCAUUGAAGGAAUAGCUGGGUCGUUUGCAGGAGCAGCUGAGGCGUUUGUAGGAGCCAUGAAGAUACUGGAGGAGUACCUGAGGCUUAGGAUACACAUUGAGUAGUGUAAACUGCAAAAUUU